UUUAUAUCUUGUAACGGAAGUUUAGGAAGUGUGGAUUUAUGGGUAUAUUUUGAAACCAAAACACGUGUGUUUCAGUUUUCACUGUUCGAAUUGAUAGUCUUUUUUCCAAAGAAUGGGAAGACCAGAUUUUUCACCAAGAGGACGAGGCGGUGGUCGUGGUAGGGGUGGAGACCGAGGAGGAAGGGGAGGCUUUGGUGGGCGUGGAGGAGGAAGAGGAGGUUUUGGUGGUGGUCGAGGAGGAGGUUUUGGGGGUGGUCGAGGAGGUGGUUUUGGGGGUGGUCGAGGAGGUGGUUUUGGAGGUGGUAGAGGAGGGAGAGGAGGAGGUAGGGGUGGAGGAAGAGGAGGAUUUAGAGGAGGCAGGAGUGUUGUAGUUGAGCCCCACAGACAUGAAGGUGUAUUUAUUGCACGUGGUAAAGAAGAUGCCUUGGUUACAUUGAAUAUGGUCCCUGGUGAGACAGUAUAUGGAGAGAAGAAGAUUGUUGUGGAGGAAGGAGAGAAAAAGACUGAAUACAGAGCAUGGAACCCUUUCAGGUCAAAGCUAGCGGCAGCCAUCUUGGGAGGUGUAGACAAAAUAUACAUGAAGCCAGGUGCUAAGGUUCUCUAUCUAGGGGCCGCCUCAGGAACUACUGUCAGUCAUGUCUCAGAUAUUGUGGGACCUGAAGGUCUGGUGUAUGCUGUUGAAUUUUCACACAGAAGUGGUAGAGAUCUGCUAAAUGUAGCAAAGAAAAGGACAAAUAUUAUUCCUAUCAUAGAAGAUGCUAGACACCCACACAAAUACAGAAUGCUUGUUGGAAUGGUGGACACGAUAUUUGCUGAUGUUGCACAACCAGAUCAAGCCAGAAUUGUAGCCAUAAAUGCUCAUCACUUCCUAAAAAAUAAUGGUCAUAUUGUAAUAUCUAUUAAGGCAAAUUGUGUAGACUCGACAGCAGAACCUGAGGCAGUGUUUGCUGGAGAAAUCACCAAAUUAAAGGGAGAGAAAAUCAAACCACAGGAACAGUUGACAUUGGAACCUUACGAAAGAGACCAUGCAGUGGUGGUGGGGGUAUACAGAGCACCUCCAAAGAAGUGAUCCACCUACGUGUUCAAACCACAUUUUGAUCAUCCAGUCAUGCUCAUUAGAGACAAAUUCAUUCACAGGAUAAUGAACUGGUUUUCAACAUCCAGAAUUGAAACUGCAUUGAAUUUUUACUUUAUGAAGUCUUAAACUUCAAAGAGGAUGUAAACUGACAUUGUUACGUGUAAACUAGUAUAAAAAAUGGAGAGGAUUUUAAUUUGUUUUAUAACUUUACUUCAUGAAGACACUGUUAUAUAUAUAUUAAAUACAUGUAUGUUAUAAA